AUGUCAUGCCUGUUGUUGAGGAGCAGUAAUAGCAUUGCACAGCACGCCGCCUUCCAGCGAGCGCAGACUGGUUCAUCUGCUGUUCCCUCGACUGCGUCAUCACCUCAAACCCUCUUCGUUGGAUUCAUUAUUCCCUUCGAAUUUCCCCUUACAUGUAUUACGUUUACGCUCCUUACCUGUAAUCGCGUACGUUUAUUUUCACGAAUUCAUACGAUGGAAGACUUCGCCCAAAUCAUUUCUCCUGCUCACCCAUACUGCCGCCAGUUUCGGCAGGUCUUCCCCAUCGCAGUCGACCCCCAGGCUGAUAUGGACAUAGCAUUCACGUUGGUGGUCCACGAUGACAUUCGUCAGAUUGCUCGACUCCUUCGAAUGAUCUAUCGAAUUAACAACUAUUACUGCAUUCACAUCGACAAGCGCUCAAGCAUCGAAUUCCAAUUGGCUAUGCGUGGAGUGGUUACGUGUUUUGGUGCCAAUGUGGAAUUGGUUCCAGAAGAAGAGAGAACUGCGAUGGAUAGGGGUGACGAAAGUGCCCUGCUACCGCAGGUCAUCUGUGCGAAACAGGCUCUGAGUCAUCAUGCCACGUGGAAGUACUUGAUUAAUUUGGUGGACCAGGAUUUCCCACUGCGAACCAACAUGGAACUGGUGGCUGCACUGAAGGCACUCAAUGGAUCCAACCUCGUUGAAUCGUAUAAGCUGAAUAAGUUUACGAGGUGGAAGAAUAACAAGCUGUUGCCUCAAGGAGUGAUCUUGGGAAGAGCUGUCAGUCCUCUUCGUGAGGCCAUGCUGCAGCCCAAUAAUAUCAUGCAUCCAGACGAGCUGUUUUUCCCCACGCUCGCCUAUAACAGUCAGCUGCGUCUGUCCGGCGCUUGUCUGUAUGGUCCAUCACCUCAAUCGGAAGUAGGUUGCAACUUCUUGGGAAGGUUUGUCAUUUUGGAAGGCUCCAAUACAAGCUGUUCUACUAAAUACGUUCGCGACGUUUGCAUUCUUGGAAAGGAUCAUGUGGCGUUAUUGAGGAGUGUGCCACACAUGUUCGCCAACACAUUCCAGGCAGACUAUCAACCAGAGGCAUAUGAUGAGUUGGAGCAAUGGUAUUUCCAACGAGUCAUGGCUGAAAUCGCGGCAGCGCCUCAUGACGGGAACCCAUUCGAUCCUAGCAUUUAUGCUAAACGCUUAUGCUCAAGACUUCAUAUUUAG